AUGCAUCUUCCUUCUCUUCUUCUGGCUGCAGGCUCGGCAAGUGUUGUUCUUGCUCAACCUCUUACUCGUCUUGGCCAACGUGCCGCCAACAAGCUUCAGUUUGUCGGCGUCAAUGAGUCUGGACCCGAAUUUGGCGAGGCACAUAUACCUGGCAGUUUAGGAACGGACUAUACUUGGCCCGAUCUUGAUUCCAUCGGCAAAUUCGUCAACAAGGGCUACAACACCUUCCGUGUCAACUUCUUGAUGGAGCGUCUGGUGCCUAAUCAGAUGACUGGCUCGUUGGACGCUGCGUACCUUACCAAUCUCACACAGACUGUUGACGGCAUCACCAAGCUUGGUGCCUAUGCCAUCAUCGUACCUCAUAACUACGGUCGCUACAAUGGAGCAGUCUUCACUUCGACUGAGGACUUUGACACUUUCUGGAAGAACGUUGCAGCAGUCUUCAAGGACAAUGAGAAGGUUAUUUUUGAUACCAACAACGAGUUCCACGACGAGUCUUCAAAUCUUGUAGCUGAGCUUAACCAAGCAGCUAUCAAUGCCAUUCGUUCUGUAGGCGCUACAUCUCAGUACAUCACCGUCGAGGGCAAUGCCUGGACCGGUGCGUGGACUUGGACAACCACACAGGGCACAGAUGGCAAGACCAACGCCGAAACCAUGGGAACCUUGACUGAUAGCGUCGACAACAAACUCAUCUACCAGAUGCACCAAUAUCUCGACUCGCGCCUCAAGGCAGCAACAACCUGGCUCCGCGAGAACAAGAAGAUUGGAUUGAUCGGUGAAUUCGCAGGUGCUGUCAACACCGAUUGCGAAGCCGCUGUCAAGGACAUGCUUGCCUAUGUGGCUGAGAACUCUGAUGUCUGGGCUGGUGCCCUAUGGUGGGCUGCUGGUCCUUGGUGGGGCGACUACAUGUUCUCGGUUGAGCCCAAGGACGGCGUGGCAUACAGCACAUAUGCAGAUCUCCUCGCAUCGUAUGCGUAG